CCCCCGGGAACAUCUUGUUCCAGCGCCAGGCCAGGCCCUUUUACUAGGCGAUUCGGCGGGCUUCUGGAAGCGACACCAGUGGAGAACUGUCGCUGCCUUGUUUGUUACAGGCCAGCACAAGCGCUGUUGCUGGUGGCGGCUUGAUGAUGUAUGCCCUUGGGGCUGCGCCAGCCAACCAACCGCACAAAGGGCCAGCCCGCCGAACGUAUAUGAAGAAGGAUGGACGCUUUUCCUUUUUUUUUCCCCUUUUUGAGCUUGUUGAUUUUAAUUUAUUUUUGACUUCUUUGCUAACUUUGUAUUGAUAUAUCCUCCAUCCACAGCCAAGCACACAUACACCAAGCAAAACGCCGACCCCACCUCCCAAGCUCGCUAGCUUACACCACACCACCCUAUAAACAGAAAGCCCGCCUUUCCCCUCCUCCGGAGCUUGCGCUACAACCACAUCCCAUCUAGCGGCAUUUCUGCUCUUCGUUUCUCUCCCUCGACUCUACCGAACAGAGCGCAUAUAAAAUACGAUUCAUAGAAUGGCGGACUACGCUGCUCCCUCUGGUCCUCCCCCGCCCAAGGCCCCCGAGGUCCCCGCAGGCUGGGCCGCUCGAUGGAACACUGAAUACAAGGAAUGGUUCUAUGUCAAUGUUUAUACGAAAAAGUCGCAGUGGGAGAAGCCCACUGAGCCCGUCUUCCCGGCUGCAGACACUCCCGACGCUCCUCCGCCUUCUUAUGAGCCUGGAUCUGCCCCCGUCGUCACUGAUACCAAGAAGAACCCGUACGAAGAGCCCAAGCCUAACCCCAACGAGGCCAGCAGCUCGGCUACCGAGAGUGAGGAUGCUAAGCUUGCCGCUAAGCUCCAGGCCGAGGAAGACUCCAAGGCCCGCGGAUCCAGCUCGUCGGGCCCCCAGGGUCAGUCGGGAAGCUUUCCCAGCGACUUGCCUCCUCGUGAGCGUGAAAAGAGCAGAGGUUUCCUAGGCAAGCUGCUCGGCAAGGGCAAGAAUAACAACAACAAUUACCAGCAAAACUACCCUCAGCAAAACUACCCCCAGCAAAACUACCCCCAGCAGAAUUACCCUCAGCAGAAUUAUCCUCAGCAAAACUACCCGCCGCAAAACUACGGACCGCCACCUCAGCAGUACGGCGCUCCUGGCUACGGUGCUCCGGGGCCUCAGUACGGCGGCUACCCCCAGCAGCAAGCCUAUCCUCCUCAGGGUCCUCCAGGUGGUUAUGGUGGUGGCUAUGGCGGCGGCCCUGGCUAUGGUAACAACUAUAACAACCAAGGCCGUCCUGGAAGAACUGGCGGUGGUAUGGGCAUGGGUGGACUGGCCCUCGGUGCUGGUGCUGGUCUUCUUGGUGGUGCAUUGCUUGCUGGUGCCUUUGAGCACGAGCAGCACGAGGCAUAUGAAGAGGGUUACCAAGAUGCUCAGCACAACGAUGCCAUGAACCAGCAGAGCCAGCAGCAAGAUUACGGCUCACAUGAUACCGGCGAUUACGGCAACAACGACUACAACGACGGCGGUGGCUUUGACGAUGGCGGUUUCGGUGAUUUCUAAGCGGUUUGCACAGCUAGGAGAUAGAACGCAUGAGAUACAUGCCAUGUUCAGCGGACAGUCUAUUAUUGAGCACCUCUAGACACAGUUACGAGACUUGACCAGUAAUUUCAUAAUGACGACUUAAAGAAAAAUGAACCAUAUUCACCAUUACGU